AUGAUUGCACUUGUCGUUUUCGGAAUGAUUGUGGAAAAGACAGCUGCUGGUGAUUGUGAUGGUAGUCGGUGUGGUUGCUAUAAAGGCUAUUGUUGGGCUUAUGUUAAUCAAGGACAUGUUCAAGUAGGCAGCUGGUGGUGUUAUACUCAACGAUCUGGUGUAAUGGGAAAACGAUCAAUGUGGCAGGAAUGUUGUUCUGAUAGCGAUUGCUUUUGGCAUCGAACCUGUGGUAAUCAUGUUCAAUAUAGAGGCGAAGAAGAAGAAUAUCGUACUGUUUGUUGA